CAACUUCGACGAAAUGGAGGUUAUGGAAGAUGGUAAUUUAAUGGACAAAGUAAAUAUACUCAUACAAAGAGACAUGGAAUAUUACAAGAGCAAACAAUCCAUACUACAAGAAACCAUCUGUCCUGGUGUGAUUGGAGGUAAACUUGAUUUUCCCAGAACUGCUUCAUUUGCUUCGGUGAAGUUAGUUCUGUGGUGGGAGGAAGAAUUUCGCGCAGCUCAUAAAAUUUCUUCAGGUUUCCUUCAUGUAGACAAGAAAAAAGAAGCAGAAGAUAGUGGUGCUUCUGCUUCUUGCGAGGGAAUGGUGAAGGAUUCAGAUCCAUCUAAAUUUGUCAGUUUGAUCAGCAAAUCAGCCGAUGAGUUUUUAAAACAUCUGCAUAUCCUAACUCAAGAAGCCCUCGAUCAUGCAGACUUAUCAGUUCUCACUGGAACAAUAGGUGCAGCGGCACUCCUGAAAAACUGCCUUUGGUUCUACAACAGGACUACGAACAACAACAGUGAGAACUCUGGGGAAGAAUUACAUCGGGGGUACAAGAGAUACAACGAGAUGUGUGAAGCUCUAGCAGAACGACUACUGGAUUUGCACUGCAGACUUCUUUCGUUGUACAUUCUGCAGGAUGCGGAAUGCUUGGACUGGGAGAACGAUAAGCCAUUUUUCGAGUCGGAAAGGGGAUCAUAUUACAUUCAGAUGUGGUGGUUGUACAUGAAAGGGACUAGAGAAGAUUUAUGGAAUACGGUCCCACCCAAAAUGGCCCAAAGAGUAUUUUCUGGCAUGCUCAACGAAUCACUAACUAUUCUUACGGUUCGCUUCACUCAGAGUGUACAAUCUGAAGCAAGAAGCCAACUACUUGCGGUCGAUAUCAGCAACUUACUACUAUGCGUUGCUCAACUGUUACCAUCUAUUUGUGAAAGCGCUAAGGAGCUGAUAGGACUUUCUCUCCACACCAGCAGUAAAAUUCUACGCGACAUCCAUACAAAAUGCCAAGAGUUGUUGAUUUGUUUAUUGAUGAGAGGAUCACCGCUGGAAGAUUUGUUCAAGGUCUUCAAAAAGGGAUUGCACAAUGUCGAAAUAUUCAAGCCUAGAGGUUCAGCAGUAGCUCCUUGGAUAAUCCUAGCUAUGCCCAAUAUAUUUCGAGUACACCCCACACAACUCUCCAACAUAGAUGAUUCCAAUCCGGAAGUUCUGAUAGCUUUAGAACUGAUGGUUCUCUUAGCCCAACCACAACCUAACUGGGCUCUUCUCUUGAAGGUUUUAUGUAUGAAAAAAUGCAAAAUUCUCUCGAUCAUCCUGGGCGCAAUUUUUGAUGAACACUCGAAAGGAGUGCUGAAACCCAAUGUCAAAAACUCUGAAUGUGGAUCCUUUCUCUGCAAUGGAGAUAGUUCUUGUCGAGAUGUCGUCACCUCGUCAGCUAUUUACGAGUUCACGCAUUAUUAUGAUCUCAUCUCAGCUGGAACAGAAGUUAUGAUUUUUGUUGGAAAUGAAAGCGAUUUAUCUGAUGCUCUACUGCCUUUGAUCAUCAAACAACCAAAUUGGUCGAGCUGUUUCGAGAGAAGACACGUCUGGAAUCAAAUUCGUUCACCUUGGUAUGAAGCCAUUCUGAAUUUCGCCCACCCAUUGAUGGAAGUAACGACAGAUACAGUGGUCAAUGCUCUUCAAACAGGUGCUACGAUGUAUCAAGCCAUGUCACUCAUCUUGGCUUGCUUUAGUCACUUUUGGGAAAGCGUCCAUCCAACUCUAACGAAAGUAGCUAAUCUAAUUCAAGACCAUAUUAUGACAGAUACUGUUCCCCUCAGUAACUCAUGUUUGUUACAGAUCUUGGUUUGCGCUUUGUACAGUAACCUACUGAAAAAAUCAGAGAAUACCAAGAAGGAGGUGAGGAUCGCAGAAGAGAAGCCACAAACAUCUCACCAAACCUCACUAACCAGUUUUGACGCCACUAGCAGCAGUCCUCAAGCUAUAGCUCUAGCCACAGCCGAAUCUCUCUGUAGCAUCGACGAAGAUAAUAAGCACACGGACCAAAUCGAGGAAUUUCUGGAACAGGUUCGAUCUUCCAGAAGUGGUCUGGAUAGUAGAGGAAGUGGUUCGGUUCGAGUUGAAACGAAUCAACAAAUGGUGGAGAUCCUUGCUAGUGAUGUUCUCAUGACCACAACUGGAACGAGAAGUCUGAAGACUCUCCACCACUUCUUGAAGUGCAACAGCGAAUGGUUGUACCAGGAGUUAGGCAUAAGUGAGAAUAAGGAGGUAGCGAAGCCGAAUAGAGCAGUACAACAACCAUUGUUUCUGCUACAUACUAUGUUCCACAUAGGCUACCGUCCAUUUGAUCAGUUAUUGUCUGGAGGGUGGCGUCCUAAUUGGGUGAACUUGAUCCAAACUCCGAUGGGAAUGACAAACGAACGAAUCUGGAGGCAAAUUUCACUGAGGUGGGAGUUCAGAAACCCCAACGCUGCCAACCUGACAAGUCAACACACACAGAUUGUUAAUAAUAUAACAUCUCUUUUCAAGCAAUAAAUCUACUUACUGAAGGA